ACCACAGAGCCACACACAAUACUCUUCCCUCCAUACAGGUGUCUGGCACGGCGUUCCGCCGGUGCUGGUCUGAGCCGCCCGGGCCGCCCAUAGCGCGGAGGUACGGGUGUGCCUGUCCGCGCCAACGCUCAACUCACAAGUGCCAUUCCUUUACCCCCACCUCUUCCUCUCCAUCGUCCCGCAGCCCCCUGUCCAGCGGCCAACCCCAGCCCAUGUCCCUCGCCAGCGCCGAGCUCAACUACCUCAUAUGGCGCUACUUGCAGGAAAGCGGCUUUGACCUCGCCGCGUACGCGUUCCAGAAAGACUCCGCGUGUCUCGACUACGAGUACUCCACAAACAGGCUACUUCCCGCCAUCCAGCCCGGCUGCUUGGUCAACUUGGUGCAGAAAGGCAUGCUCUACACGUUCCUCGAGGACUCGGCGGCCGGCAAGCCGCUGCGGCUAAAUCUCGUGGACUCGGUGCUCAAAGACAAGACGGAUUUCGACGCCGCCCAAGGCGCCGAAUGGGCUCGUGCACCGGGCGCCCGCCCCAACCCCAGCGCCCCUGCCGGCACGGACACAGACACGCCCGACGUGGCGAUGCAAGACGCGCGCGGGCCGGAGGCCCCCGGGGCCCUGGCGCCGCCGCAGCCGCCCGGCCCGGACCUCCCCUUCCAGACCGCGGUGCUCCGCGCGUUUGCCGCCUGUGCGCCCAGCUUGCUGCUGCACUGGCACCCGUCCACGGACGUGCUUGCGCUCGGCACGGAGCGCUCCACGGCCGUGAUCCACGCGUUGGGCGCGGCCGGCAUCGCCGAGACCGUGACGCUCAGCCACCCGCCCACCAUGGCCGGCGGCACGCCGGUGCCCAGCGCCGUGUGCGCCGUGUCGUGGUCGCCGCAGGGCUCGCUCGUGCUCACGGCCGGCGCCGGCGGCGAGAUCCGCGCGUGGGCGCCGGACGGGCGGCUCAAGAACAUCGUCAACUCCGUGGCCAGCUCCGAGGGCGCGCCGGCAGGCGUCCAUGCGCUCGUGUGGAACACAUCGGGGCUGCUUGUGCUCAGCAUCAGCUCGCACAACUGUGUGGGCGUGUGGGAGGGCGCCACGCUCGCGCCAGUGCUGCAGUGGGCCGAGCCGGAGCCGGCCAGCGGCGAGACCCACGCGUGCUGGCUUGGCGAGCUGAAGUUUGCCAUGACCACGCGCAAGCACGGCAUCCGCAUUGUGGCCGUCAACGCGGCGCAGCUGCCCGCGGAGGCCUUGCUUGCCGUGGGCCAGCUCCCGGGGCACACGCACAGCAUCUGCGACCUCUGCUUCAGCCCGGUGUCCAAGCUCUUGGCGUCCGCGUCGGACGUGGACUACGCCAUCAAGGUGUGGAACAGCCUGCUGUCCGAGGACGCGCUCGAGUUGAACGUCGCGGCCGAGCGGCUGCCGGGGCUCCUGUACCACACGCUGCCCAUCGUGGCGCUCGCGUGGUUGAGCCGCGCGGGCGACGUGCAGGGCAACGAGCUUCUCUCGGUGUCCAUGGAGGGCUCUGUCAACGUGUGGGACGCGUUCUCGGGUGACGCGCUUGUCAGCGCCAACGUGUUCAAGAACCCGGACAACUUCGAGUUCCCCGAGGACCAGCCGGACGUGCACGUCAGCACAAAGAACUCGUUGGUGUACGCCGCGGCCGUCGCGCCCAACAGCCGCGUCUUGGCCCUCGGAGACGACUCGGGCAACGUCACCAUCUGGGACAUCCACCCGGCCCGGUACAGAGGCACGCGCGAGUUCUUGCGCUGCUUGGGGCUCUUUGCGGCGGACAGUGCCGACUCACCGGACGUUCCUGUGGUGGGAAUCUGCGAUCUCGUGUGGGACAGCAAAAGCCGCUUUCUUACCGUGUGCUACAAGGGUCGCGAAAGCGUGAUUUUGCUGUGGGACAAGAGCUGAGCCGGCGGGCUGGCGACACUACUGGGCUUGUAGACAAGAUCGUGUAUUUUUUUAAAGGGAAAGGGUUAAAUGAGCGACCGUAAAGUCAUUGACGUUUUCGCCCACGGGAGCACUGGCCAUGCGCUUCGAU